UUUGUUUCUUCUGCAAGAUCUGCAUCAUGUCUGUGAAAAAUAACAGUAUCAGCCCUCAUACCGAUACUUUUUUCCCUCGUCCUCCUCUCUAACCCAAUGAGCACCGCUCUGAUACGAGUCCCACCCUCACCCAGGCCAUAAGAAGAGAAAACCAGCAGACAUUAACGCAGGCCAACAUUUCUGUUUUAGGCCAUGGCUGACGUCAAGAUCUCAGAGGACCGAGACAAGCUGAAGCGAGGCCUGGUGAAGGUGUUGGAGUGUGUAGCCACCAUCUCAUCAGCAGCUGCUGUGGUGAACCCCAUCUUUGGUGUGGCAGGCUCACUGAUCCGCGUCGUGCUCCACCACGUGGAUGAUGAGGAGAUUCAAACCCUCCGACGCGAGUUUGGCAGCGUGAACCGAGCCUUGGAUAAGCUUACAGAACAGAACCGCAGUGCGCUGCUCCAGAUCAAGAAGGAGACAUUGGACGGGCAGUACAACAGCGUAGAGCAGAACCUACGCAACCAGUUCCGUAAGUUCAUGGAGGUGGUGGAGGCACGGCCCAAGCACAAGAAGCGCAAGCGCGAUGAUUUCGAGGAAAGCUAUGCCAACGACAUGGGCGACCAAAACCUGCACACACUCUAUGAUGGCGUAAUGGGCAAGCCCAAGCUCUUCAGCCGGCCCAUCCUCGAGGUCUACAUGACUCACUCACAAGGAGAUCGUAGGGUGAUGGAGAACCUGUGCACACGCCUCACCUACCUGUUCUGCAUAGGCCUCAUCGCUCUGAUUGGUUACGCCGCCAUCAUUGGUGAUGAUGAGGAGGGCCUGAGUGAGGAGUGGGCCGAGAAGAUGGAGAACGUGCAAGAGAGGAUGCAGGAGGUGCUCCGGAGGUGCAAGUGAUUCCUUCCCCCUGAUUCACACAAGUUUAAUGUUACACUGAAACUAUUUACUGUCACAAUCCUUAAUAAAACAGACAGAAUUGUAUAUUGGUGCACAAAUUUCAGGGCCAUGAGUUUUUAUUUUUAAGUUAUUGACAUACCCCAACUUGGAAAGUCAGAACAGAAAUUUGAGUUCCUGAGUGAUAAUUAUGACAUUGUGGUGGCGUUCAUGUGCAUCACCUUCUAAUUACAAUAUCUAUGACAGGACUUGAAGGCAGCAUAUUGUGUGGGCGGUUCUAGCAUUGGCAUGUACAAUUAGAACUCAGCAGUUUAUUGUGUGGCAUUUAUGUCUUAAACACUGGUGUUUAGAUUAUACAAACAUGCCACAUGUUCCAUGGUUUUACAGUGCCCUAGCCAGUGGUUUGUGUUAUAGCACUCUGGUUGGAGCAGUUGUAGAUUCAUAUCAUAGGGCCCAAACAAUGGACCCUUACCACCCUAAAUUCACCCCUGCUCGUAGAGGUUGACUCAAACAUUUGAACAUUCUUAUAAUGCAAAUAAGUCUCCGUGUUGUGCUUGUUUUGAGUAAUAAUUAGGUCUUUGUUUGUGGAUACACACUUGCACCUUUGAAGAGGUGUGUCAGUUCUCUAUAACUCUGGCACUCUUAGUUACUCUAUUAUAUUCCAGUGCUUUUUCUUUCCAUCUUCAAUUAAUUAUUAUAAAACUUGAUUUUUUAAAAUAAUAAUUCUAAUAAUUGUACAUUAAUAAAAAAAAUCAAUUAUAAUACUUUAAUUUGUCCCUCAUAAUACAUUUUGACACUUUGGAGAAUAUGGUAACAUUUGGCAAGGUCUCAGAAGCACCUCCAGCUGCUAAUGCUAAUUUAAAAAAAUGGGAAAAAAACAAAAACAAACAAAAACAAACAAAAAAAAAACACACACACACACACACAACAACCCUAAACCAAUAAACACUAGCCAAAUAUGACUGAUGUAGAAAUAAAGAAAUCAAAGCACCCAUUUCAACAAUGUACUGAUCUUGGACUAACCAGGAGCACUGUUUUCUCUAAACAUGUAUACAUUGAUUUAGAUUAAAUUACGAUUAUUUGUUUAGACGGUUCAGUUCAUUAAGGAUCUAAAUCUAUAUCCUGUUUCUACAAGGUUGGUAGAGCCAGAGAAUUCAUUACGCUCUGGAAUUGUUAUUCCUAGAGUUGGAUUACUCA